AUGCAUGCGUGGACAAAAGAGGCAACGUGGAUUGAUAAAGAUGGCUUUGGCGCUUGUGAUUUGCUCACCGUUCUUCUCCCCUACUGGCUGCUCAGUAGUUGUCGUUUGGAGAUCUACUGCAGAUGGAAGCGUUCGUACACCGGCUUGCGUGCCCGAGCGCCAGGUUUCAGCAAUGUCACAUCCUUCUUGACCUUUGUCAGUCUCUUCAAGGCAGCCGAGCUGGUCAAUUUCCUAAUGCGUAGCGGUGACAAGCCGCUUCGCCGGCAGCUUGACAGUAUUCAGGAGCUCCACCGGAGACUUUUAAACACCGAACCUGCCGGCAAGGACACAGACACCGCUGAUAUGGAUGCAGUUAUACUGCGGCCUUUUCACUAUCUGCUGGAUCAACUCCUCAGCGGCGAGGACAUGGAUUACAGUCAGAUGUCUUUGAAAAAGUUGCAACUCCGAAGGUGCGUCUCUCAGCGUUUUACUUUAAACACUUUUUGA